AUGAGCGAGAAAGACCACAGCGGGGAGAUAAACACUUCAGCAGAGGAAGCAGCAAAUGCUUACAUGCAGCAACAAUCUAAUUCCAACCAGGGGUCCCAGCCCUCACCCCUGGCCCUGCUGGCCACCACCUGCAGCUACUUGGAGACCCCUUUGGAGGAAGAAGGGAGUGUUUGUGGCAUUGAGCCCGUGGUAGACACACUGGCAGAGCCUGAAGCCUCCAAUUCUGCUAACCAGCUUAAUCUCAGUACCACACAGACCAUUCAGACUGCCAACAGCUGGCGAAUGAUCAUCCCCACUGUUGUCCCAGUCCUUGGACAAUCCCCAAGGGAAGAGGAGCAGGGAGGAGAAGUGAAAAAGAAGGGGCUUCAGGGAGAGGAGGCUGAUACUACUGGCAGACAAUCUAAAGACAAGAAUGGCAUUUACCUCCUGCCUCAUCAGCUCCUGGGACCACACCAGUCCCCUCACCCAACCUCUUCCCAACUUCAUCACCAGUUCAUGACACCCCACUUCCCCUCUACCUCCUCCUCGUCUCCUCUUCCCACAUCACCCUACACUUCCCCUCAACCCCCUACCUCCCAGCCAACCACCUCAGCUGGGCUUUUGGGUCCUCUGCCCGCUCUCCAAAUCCUCCCAGGCUCUAUAGGAGCUGCUGCAGGAGUUGAAAAGGGGUUGAAAGCAGGAGGAGGUUCCUUUGUAGCCAAUUUCCCUCUCAAUCUCAAUGGCAACAUAGCUUUGGUUUCAGUGGCGAGCUUGACAGCCCCUCAGACACUGCCUCAGAUAUCUAUGGCCUCGUUCAACCUAGAUGGAGGUGGGAGAGUGAGAAUUGGAGGAGUUGUCUCCCCAACAAAAAGUGUGCAGCACCAGCAGCCUUCAGCCCUUCCACAGAUCAUCGUCCAGGGGCAGCCCUUCCCUGAUCAUUCGCAAUUCCAGGAGCCCUCCCAGGGCUUCCAGGCUGUGUCCAGUUCAGUUGGGCCCCUCAUCCUCCGGACACCCCCACUCUCCCUUUCAGGGCAAUUGGGCUGCUGGCAGGCCAUUCAGCUAAGAGCAUCGCAACAUCAGCAACAGGAAGUGCAAGGCAUGGAAGGCCAGGCCAUUACAUUCCAGGGUCUUUCCUUGGCCCAAGGGCUGGGACUGGCAGGCGGCUCCAUUGUUCCCACAGUCUCCCCCUCUGCCUCUUCCUCCUCGCCCUGUUCUUCCUCUGCUGCAGUAACAACGGCUGGGACACUGAAAGUUAACGCCACCCAGAUCUCCAGCUUACCAGACCUCCAGGCCAUUAACCUCAGUGCACUGGGAGCUUCUGAAAUUCAGGUGCAUCAGCUCCAGGGCAUCCCAGUCACCAUCGCCAGAACAGCAGACCAGACAUCACACUUAAAACGUCAUCCCUCUGGUGUGGAUCCUGUCGAGGAUGAAACACAGAUGGACAAAGGGGAGGCCAGUCCCGAACUCACCCAACGGUUGAGAAGGGAAGCCUGCACCUGCCCCAACUGCAAGGAGUCCGAAAGGAGGAUCUCAGGAGAUCCCAGCUGCAAGAAGAAGCACAUCUGCCACAUUGUGGGCUGCGGCAAGGUGUAUGGAAAGACUUCUCACCUGCGGGCUCACCUGCGGUGGCACACCGGUGAGAGGCCCUUUGUUUGCAACUGGCUGUUCUGCGGCAAGCGGUUCACCCGUUCUGAUGAACUGCAGCGGCACAAACGCACACACACGGGUGAGAAGAAGUUUGCCUGUCCCCAGUGUCCCAAGCGCUUCAUGCGGAGUGACCACCUCUCCAAGCAUAUAAAAACUCACCGGAACAAGGAGAGAGGAGGAGGAUUAGAAACGGAGACUGUAGUGAUUGGUGCUCCAGAUCCCAUGGACGGAGCUUCCCUUUGCCCUGUAAGCACUCCACUCAUCUUGACCUCUGGCAUGGCAGGAAAGAUUGUUUCCCAGGAUGGGAUCAACCAGUUGGUGGGGGUGCCAGCUCUUGGAGGCUUAGGUAGUGGAGCAGGAGAAAGAGAGAUAGCAGGGGCUCCCUCUGUCCAAUCUGAGGCUUGCAAUAUCACCGUUAUGCAGGUGUCUGACCUCCAGACCAUCAACAUCAGUGGGAAUGGCUUCUGA